UUCACAAGAGCUUAGUUUCAAUUUGCUGCAAAUUUGAUGGGUCUGGUGUUUAGCCAGAGCGGUUCCCAUUGGAAAACCAGGUGGACCAGCACCAGGAGUGAUGCCAGGGCUGCCUCUGUGCCUUGGGAUGCAGAUCUCCUCAUCCCACAGCAAGGGAUGCAGAGGGUCCCAGCCAUGUCCCCCACUCCUGCCUUCUGUCUCCAUCCAUCCCCCCGCCUGCGGACUCCCAUAGGAGCCUAUUUAAUUCCCGGUCUCUGUGUCAACAGCCAAGUGCGGGUGCGAUGGAGACCUUUUUCAGGCGGCACUUCGGUGGGAAGGGGCUGCGCCGUGCCAGCGCGGUGGCCGUGCCCACGGGCAAAGCCCGGCGGCGUUCCCAAGCCGGGCUGCCCUCAUCCUCGCUGGCCCAGCGCCGCCGCGGCUCCGGAGCCCCACUGCCGGCCCUGUCCUGCCUGGGCCAGCCCCGCAGCCGCCGUCGUCGCUCCAGCACCACGCCGCCCUGCCUCAGCCCGCGCUUUGCCGUGCAGACCAAGCACGGCGGCUGUGCGCGAGCCGUCGAUGCCCAUCUGAUGGGUCCCUCCGUCCUGCUGGCCAGCCUCAUCCCCACUGGAGGGGAAGGGAUGCCCUGCGCUGACACAUCCGAGUCUCUGGAAGAUGAUGCCGAGCGGUGCGCCGAGGAGAGCUGGCUGGCCAUGCUGCCCCGGCUGCGGCCGCUGCAGGCUGCGCUGCUGUCGCGGGGUCCCCGCUGCCUGCGGCGCGCGUCCUCGCACCGCCUGCCCGCCGAGGUCAGCCACGGCCGCGCUGCUCACGGCUUGCCGGGCCGCUACCGCCGCCUCAGCCAGCGCCGCCGCUCCAGCGAUGCUGCCCGGCCCGGGCUGCUGCCCUCGGGGCACCCGCGGCCGCUGGCCCAGCGCUGCAUGGGGGCAGAUGGAGCCGGGUGCUCCUCUGAGUGCUUGGGACUGGAGCCUCCGUGCCGUGCUGCCUUGGAUAGCUGGAGCCCCCGGCUGCUGAAAGCUAUUGCCAAGUCCAGCCUCCAGCACAUGGUAGCCCAGCCCAACCCUGCCCUAGCCCUGAGGAGUGACUCGGAGAGGCAGAUACGCAGCACUGUGGACUGGAGCGAGACUGCAGUCUAUGGGGAGCACAUCUGGUUUGAGACCAAUGUCUCUGGGGACUUUUGCUAUGUUGGGGAGCAGAACUGUAUGGCAAAGCUGCUGCAAAAACCUCUCUCCAGGCGUAAGUGUGCAGCCUGCAAGAUUGUAGUGCAUACACCCUGCAUUGAGCAGCUGGAGAAAAUAAAUUUUCGCUGCAAACCUUCCUUCAGGGAGUCAGGAUCUCGGAAUGUAAGGGAGCCCAUUGUUGUCCGGCAUCACUGGGUACACCGGAGGCGGCAGGAAGGGAAAUGCCGGCAGUGUGGCAAGGGUUUCCAGCAGAAGUUUGCCUUCCACAGUAAAGAGAUUGUAGCCAUCAGCUGUUCCUGGUGCAAGCAAGCGUAUCACAGCAAAGUCUCCUGCUUCAUGCUGCAACACAUCGAAGAGCCCUGCUCACUGGGAGCUCACGCUGCUGUCGUUGUUCCUCCCACCUGGAUCCUGCGGGUCCGGCGGCCCCAGAAUCCACUGAAGUCAAGUAAGAAGAAGAAGAGGACAUCGUUCAAGCGGAAAUCCAGCAAAAAGGGGGCUGAGGACCUGCAGUGUUUCUUGCAGGAAGGGAGGUGGAAACCCUUUGUCAUCAAGCCCAUGCCAGCUCCUCUCAUGAAGCCCUUGCUGGUGUUUGUGAACCCCAAGAGCGGUGGCAAUCAGGGAGCCAAGAUCAUCCAGUCCUUCAUGUGGUAUCUCAACCCACGGCAAGUUUUUGACCUCAGCCAGGGUGGACCCAAGGAGGCGCUGGAGCUGUACCGCAAGGUCCACAACCUCCGGAUCCUGGCAUGUGGGGGAGAUGGCACAGUGGGCUGGAUACUCUCCAUUCUGGACCAGUUACGCCUCAACCCACCUCCUCCUGUGGCCAUCCUACCUUUGGGGACGGGGAAUGACUUGGCCAGGACAAUGAACUGGGGUGGGGGUUACACGGAUGAGCCUCUGUCCAAGAUCCUGUCACACGUGGAAGAUGGGAACAUUGUGCAGCUCGAUCGCUGGAACCUCCAUGUGGAGCCGAACCCUGAUGCAAACCCUGAGGAGAAGGAUGAGACAGCUGCGGACAAGCUCCCCUUGGAUGUCUUUAAUAACUACUUCAGCCUCGGCUUUGAUGCACGGGUGACGCUGGAAUUCCAUGAAUCCCGAGAGGCCAACCCAGAGAAGUUCAACAGCCGGUUUCGGAAUAAAAUGUUCUAUGCUGGGACAGCCUUCUCUGACUUCCUCACUGGGAGCUCCAAAGAUUUGGCAAAGCACGUCAAGCUGGUUUGCGAUGGGACAGACCUGACCUCCAAGAUCCAAGAGCUGAAGCCCCAGUGCCUGGUUUUCCUGAACAUCCCCAGGUACUGUGCUGGCACCAUGCCCUGGGGCAACCCUGGGGAGCACCACGACUUCGAGCCACAGCGCCAUGAUGAUGGCUGCAUUGAAGUUAUUGGCUUCACCAUGACAUCCCUGGCUGCCUUGCAGGUCGGUGGCCAUGGGGAGCGGCUGUAUCAGUGCCGGCAGGUGGUUCUUACCACGUCCAAGGCCAUCCCCAUGCAGGUAGAUGGGGAGCCCUGCAAGCUGGCCGCUUCCUGCAUCCACAUCUCCCUGCGCAACCAAGCCAACAUGGUGCAGAAGACCAAGAGGCGCAACUCCAUGCCUCUGCUCAAUGACCAGCAGCCAGUGCCCGAGCGCUUGCGGAUCCGGGUGAGCCGAAUCAGCAUGCGUGACUAUGAGGCACUGCACUACGACAAGGAAAAGCUCAAGGAAGCCUCCGUGCCGCUGGGAAUCAUCGUGGUUCCAGGAGACAGCGACCUGGAAUUGUGCCGGACCCAAAUCGAGAGGUUGCAGGAGGAUUUCCCUCCCCAGCUCUCUGCUUUAGAGCGCCUGCUCUUUCAGGAGGGAGAUGGAGCCAAACCAAAGACACUGUCAUCCCAGAAGCUGUCACCCAAGUGGUGCUUCCUGGACUCAACCACAGCAGAUCGGUUCUACAGGAUAGACCGUGCACAAGAGCACCUCAACUACGUGACAGAGAUCUCUCAGGAUGAGCUCUAUGUGCUGGACCCAGAGCUAGUGAUCACGCAGACUGUGGGGACCUCUCCUGCCAUGCCUGACCUCGUUGACUUGUCUGCUGCACCCACUGGGGACCAUUUUACAUUCCCUCCCUCUUCCUCUUCUCCACCCUCCUCUCCUGCCCCCAGGGCCGAGGCUGAGUGCUGCCUCCCGCACCAAGAUGACCUGAUAGAAGCUGCCAAGAGUGGCAACUUCAGCAAGUUCCAAGAGCUGCACCGGGCUGGAAGGGACCUGAUGGUGAGAGACUCCUCGGGCCAGACUGUCCUCCACCAUGCUGUCAAAUCAGGGAGCAAGGACAUUGUCAAGUACAUCAUCGAGAAUGCCCCUUCAGAAAUCCUUGAUGCCACAGAGGAGGAGAACGGUGAAACCUGCUUGCACCAGGCUGCAGCCUUACGCCAGCGCACUAUCUGCCACUACAUCGUGGAGGCUGGGGCCUCGCUCAUGAAGACGGACCUGCAGGGAGACACCCCCAAGCACCGGGCUGAGAAAGCCAAUGACCCCGACUUAGCUGCCUACCUCGAGAACCGACAGCACUACCAGAUGAUCCAGCGGGAGGACCAGGAGACUGCUGUGUAGUGCUCGGUGUGCCUUAGCCCAGGCCAGCUCGGGCAGGAUGAGAAGAGGACAAUGCUAACUGGCAGAGCUGUGAGUCUGGCCCAGCCCUCCCUAUGUGUCAACCUGGUCCCCAGAGGAGAUGGAGACAGCAGAGCUCUGCCCCAGCCUGGGCUGGGACUCUUGUUUAUGAGGACAGUGGGUAUUUGGGACUUGAAGCCUGGUUCUUUGUGUGUGUCACCCUUCAUCCUUCGUUCCUGCUCUGGAUGGGUUUCAUCCCAUAGCCCUGUUGGGCUAGGUCAGGAUGAUGGUCCUGGUCACCCUUUGUGCGCAGGAGUGAUCCUGAUACCCCCUCUGCAGGCUCCUACCUAUGAUCCUUGUGGGAUAUUAUUGCUUGCCCCUUCUCCCUGCUGGCAGUGCCCUCCUUUAGAUGCUUGGCUAGGUCCAUGUCCUGUUCCUCCUCUCCUGUCUGGCACAGCUGCAGGAGGCAUAGGCUUUAUGGGCAGACAGCAGAGACCAUGAGCCUCAGACUUUACCACAAGGGAAGCACCCUUGCUGCCCCUGCCUCCAGCUCCCUCAUGUUGGUUUGGGGCUGCCCUGGGUCUCUUGUGUUGCCCUACCAGGGCCUUCUGCAGCAGGAGGCAUGUCCCUUGUGCACCCAGCCUUUCCACAGAGUAUCAUCAGGAAGCAGGGCAGCCACUGUCCUCAUGGUUGCCUUUAGUGCUGUGCUUGGCCUGGGCAGUGGCUGUGGUGGAGCGUGUUUUAUUUCCCAAAUCCCAAUUUGGAUUUGGCUGCCCUCCCUGCUUGAGAUGUUGCACUGGGGUGGAGGGGCAGUGAUGGGGUCAGUGCCACUCAGGGAUUCCUUCCGUGCCCCCCAGUCUGGCAACUCGCACCCUCUGAGUUUUGACUCCUGCCAUCCUGUAAACAGGGUGCAGGGCUUUGCAGGGAACACUUGGGAGCUCUCCCAGCCCAGACACAAGCUCCCUGGGCAAACACCAGCUCACCCUCUCCAGAUUUAACAGAAAGAGGGAUUUGGAUGCAUAGAAAGCAUCAGGGCUCCCAGCACUGAGUCACACCUGCAGUGGGAUGGCAUUUCACCUACCAGGGGCAAGAGGCACCAUGACCCAUCUCCCCUGCAGAUGCUGUGGGUGCUGAGCAUCCACAGAGGCAUCAAGCCAGCCCUUCAGCAAGGAUUUCACAGAACUGACAGUCUCUGGGACCAGGAGGUGUCAGCAGAGGAGGAAAGCUAGUGGCUCUGGGCCUUGCAGACCUGCUUGGCACCAAGGGGUGAGCAAUGGUUGUGGUGCUCACAACUCGGGUCUCAGGAGAGGAGGAUGCUGCUGUUGGGGUCUGUGUGGCCCCACCUGCACUAUGCCCACUGGUGGCACCAUUUGAACCCCUCUUAAUACCAAUACCAACAAAAGGCAUGAGGAUACCACAGAGAACCAGGACACCCUUCAGGCUUUUUGGCUGAGGGGCAGAGUUCCCUUGAAGGAUGGCAGUUGCUGUGAUGGGGAGAGAGGCACAGAGCAGUGCAGAGUGCCAGGGGCCGGCAACUGUUAACCAUAGCAUCCCAAUGUGAUCAGAGCCGGGGUGCUCCAGCAGCACCUGGAGUUCCCAUCAGCACUGCUCACAGGACACAGACAAAGCACUGUCAUCUUCUCAGAGGUCCAGACCACUGCCCCCCAGCCGGGACACCCAGAGGCGUUUACAGCCCCAGCUUCCCCUUUCCUCUCCAGUUUUGUAUCUUCCCUUAGAGUUUUUGUACAGGUAGUUAAGAGACACACUGUUCCCCUCCCCUGGCCCCUCCGUGCCGAGUUGCUGUGCAAUUCCAAGCCUGGCUUGUGUUGUGGCUAAAGGCGGAGGGGGUGUUGGUUGCCCUGCCUGCUGAGGGCAGGGGUUCUGUGCAAUACCUGGGUCUGUGUUUCCUAGAUGCUGUUGUAGGACUGUAUUUUUGUAUCUCUGCGAGGGUGCCGGCUCCAGCAGGCUCAGGGCCUGGCACAAGCCUGCGUUCCCGUCGCUUUUUGACUUGGAUUGUUUGGAUGUUGUUGUUUCUUGCUGUUGAAAUAAAGAGAUGGAUGUUUUA